AAAAAACUCCACCAAGUAGAAGACGAAGAAGAAGCGGUAGGAGGACACAAAAACACAGAAGAAGAAAUUGACCUGUUUGAGGUUUGCGGUUCAUUUUUUGGAACGGCUGUGUACUGCUCGGACGCUGAGGACAUAUUAUAAUAUUACUUGAACAGAACAAAAGAAAAUCAUGCUGCUUCGUAAAGUGAGCCAGUCUUCCGCCCUGUGUGGUACCAUUCUCAGGAUUCCUCCGGUGCUAUCUGGAGGUCAGCGUCAGGCCGGGGUGGUAGCAUUGCAGAACAGCCGUCUGUACGCCAGCCAAGCUGCCCAGGCAGUGCUGGAGAAACCUGCAGCAGUCAGCAGCGAUGCAGCUACUAAAGUGGAGAACAAGGCAGCUGGUGCUGAAUCCAAAUCAUUUGCUGUCAGCAUUUUCAAAGGGCAGAUUGCAACUGCUCAGGUGUUUCCCUUUCCCUCAGUCCUUAGUGAGGAGCAGGAACAGUUCCUUCGAGAGCUUGUGGGACCAGUCAACAAGUUUUUUGAGGAGGUCAAUGAUGCCGCCAAGAAUGAUGCCUUGGAGAAGGUGGAGGAUCACACCAUGGAGGGACUGAAGGAGAUGGGGGCCUUUGGUCUGCAGGUGCCAGCUGACCUGAAUGGCCUGGGCCUCUCAAACACCCAGUAUGCCCGGCUGGUUGAGAUUGUUGGGGGUUACGACUUGGGUGUUGGCAUCACUCUAGGAGCCCACCAGUCAAUUGGCUUCAAGGGAAUUCUGCUUUUUGGGAAUCCAGCCCAGAAGGAGAAGUACCUGCCUAAGCUUGCCACAGGUGAGCAUAUAGCUGCCUUCUGCCUGACUGAACCAGCCAGUGGUUCUGAUGCCGCCUCCAUCAAGACUACAGCUGUUCAGUCUCCCUGCGGACAGUAUUUCACUCUCAAUGGAAGCAAGAUCUGGAUCAGCAAUGGAGGGUUGGCUGAGAUCUUUACAGUGUUCGCCAAGACACCCAUGAAAGAUCCCAAGACGGGGGAGAUGAAAGACAAGAUCACAGCUUUCGUUGUUGAGAGGAGCUUUGGAGGAGUGACUAGUGGCCCUCCAGAGAAGAAAAUGGGCAUCAAGGCAUCCAACACAGCCGAGGUCUAUUUUGAUAAUGUUCGCGUGCCAGCCGACUGUGUGCUAGGUGAGGUGGGAGGAGGUUUCAAGGUGGCCAUGAACAUCCUAAACAAUGGCCGCUUUGGCAUGGCGGCCGCCCUUUCCGGCACUAUGAAGAGCUCCAUCGCCAAAGCUGUGGACCAUGCAGCAAACAGAACCCAGUUUGGAAGCAAGAUCCACAACUAUGGAGUCAUCCAGGAGAAGAUGGCUCGCAUGACUAUGCUGCAGUACGUUACUGAGUCGAUGGCCUACAUGAUCAGUGGGAACAUGGACAGUGGAGCAACUGAAUUUCAGAUCGAAGCUGCCAUCAGCAAGAUCUUCGCUUCUGAAGCAGCAUGGAACGUGACUGACGAAUGUAUUCAGGUUAUGGGCGGCAUGGGUUUCAUGAAGGACGCUGGAGUGGAGAGAAUAAUGAGGGAUCUGCGGAUUUUCAGAAUCUUUGAGGGCACAAAUGACAUCCUGAGACUCUUCGUGGCUCUCAAUGGCUUCCAGAGUGCUGGAAACCAACUGAAGGGUUUACAGAAAGCCCUGAAAAACCCUCUUGGCAACGCUGGGCUGCUUGCUGGAGAAAUCACCAAGAGAGCCAAAAGAAAGGCAGGUUUGAGCACAGGUCUGACACUGCAGGGAACUGUACAUCCUGAGCUGGCACAGAGCGGUGAACUGACAGUUAAAGCCAUUGAACAGUUUGGAGUGGUCGUUGAGGAGAUGUUGAUCAAAUAUGGCAAGAAGAUCAUUGAUGAACAGUUUGUCUUGAAGAGAGUCGCAGACUGCGCCAUUGACCUCUACGCCAUGGUAGUCGUCCUGUCGAGGGCUUCACGUUCGCUGAGUCAGGGCCAUGCUUCAGCUCAGUAUGAGAAGAUGCUGUGUGAGACAUGGUGCAUGGAGGCUUCUGACCGUGUCAUGCGUGACAUCAAGCUGCUGCGUUCCGGUGAAUCCAGAAAACUCUUCAAGAACCUGCGGGCCAUCUCUACUGCAUUGGUGGAGAAUGGAGGACCAGUGUCUCCUCACCCACUGGGCUUCUAAGCGUGACAUGUCCACACACACACACACACACACACACACACACACACACACACACACACACACACACACUCUCUCGACAUCUGUUUUUGGUUCUUAUUUUUAUCACACUUCCUCUAACCACAGUCUGGGUCUUGCUCCCAAACUUCAUCAACUUCAUUAUUGCCAUCAUUGCUCCGUCACACACCAGUGCCCUUAUACCUGCUUUGUACAAUUAGACUUUCAUGUAGGAGUUCAGUUUGCACAAGGAAAGAUUCUUAAUUGUACAGAUAUCAUAAGUCAUUGUUUCAUCUUUAUAUCAGUUGUUUGCAUUUUUUUGUAAUUUAUUUAUUGAACUCUGACUCAAAGCCUCUAACACUUGAGCUGGAGUUCUAAAAAAUAUUUAAAUUGCUCAAAAAUAUCACAACAAGCAUUCAGUCCUCCUACCUGCAUCUAAAAUAGCCAAUGACUGACACCCCCAGUGUGUGCAUCUGAGACGCCAUUUGCUUUGUAUAUCGACCUUUACGAGUGUUGCUAAUUAUUUAAUCUGUUGUAACAUUAAGCUAUGAUGUCAUUUUUGUUCAUUUAACACGAACACACGGCAACAUCAAUGCAGCUGUGAGACAGGAGGCCAGUUAACGGGAAGUUUAUGUGUUGUAAGCAAGUAAAUGUAUGGGCAAAAUUAUAAUACAAGACAGAUUUUAGCUUUUGUUGUUUAUCUGCAUUAUGUUUGAAUGUAAGAGACAGGGUGGUGUUUCUGUAUUGCCAUGCCUUUCUGCCUCUUGAGCUCACCCGGUGCUCACAGAUACAUAAACGUCGGAAACAAAACCUUUGCCUUAGAAACUGGUUCACAGGUGCUGUUUGAAGUGAGUCCAACACAGAAAACUUUCUCUUCAGCUGUACUCUUUACUUACGGCUCUCACAUUAACUUCAUAAGUGCUCAUUUCCUUAGUUCAUGGUAGCAAGCAUUGUUAACUGUAGAGAAUAUAACAGUGUGCUUACCUAGUUGUAAUAUAAUUCUAAGAAAUGCUUAUUUCUUACUGCUCAGACUUUAGGCUUAUGACUGUCUAUGUACAUAUAAUGGAGUGACACAAUCUACAGGUGAAUAUUCUGAAUCAAAACUGCUGUUAAAUGCGAUCAUACUGCUUCAUAGAGAUCAAAUAUUAUCUAAAAGGGAAUCUGAUAGAGACAACACAUGACUUAUUGUAUCGAUUUAGUGGCGUCUCAGUGAUUGAGCAGAUCCACUUUAAACAUACAAUUUGGAUUAAUCAAUAAUCAAUUUAUCUGCCUUAGUAAGCAUGUGUAAGUGCAGUGGAUGUCCAUAUAAGUGUAGGUUAUUUGUACUGCAGUUCUUCUGUUAUUAAACAGCUUUGUUAGGCAUUUGCCUGAAAAA